UAGGUAAAAGAAACGAGACAAAAGUUGAAGAAAAACCUUCGAGUCAGAGUCAACGCAAGGAAAGAGGAAAUGGAAUCAAUCGGAGUGUUGGUGCCUCACCCAACCUUCCCUUACCUCGAGCACCACCUCCAAGCCCGAUUUAACCUCCUCCGUGACAGAACGAAACACGCUGCUUCCAUACGCGCCGUCGUCGUGAAUUCCGUGGACGGCGCCGACGCCAAGCUCAUCGAUGCGCUUCCAAUGCUGGAGAUCGUGUCCUGCUACGGCGUCGGCGUUGACAAGGUCGAUCUCAGAAAGUGCGCCGAGAGAGGGAUCCGCGUGACUAACACCCCUGAUGUCAUCACCGACGAGACCGCUGACGUGGCAAUGGCCUUGAUUAUCUCCCUCCUGAGGCGGCUGUGUCAGUGCGAUGUCUUCGUCAGAAGCGGAAAAUGGAAGCACCAAGGCAGCUACCCUCUCACCACUAAGUUCUCUGGGAAGACAGUUGGCAUUCUUGGAUUGGGGAGGAUAGGGAAGGCGGUGGCGAAGAGAGCUGAGGCCUUUAACUGUAAGAUAUGUUACCACUCAAGAACAGUUAAAACAGAGUGUAGUAGUUACAAAUACUACCCAAGUGUUGUUGACUUAGCCUCUAACUGCGACAUUUUAGUUGUUGCUUGCUCCCUCACCAUAGAAACGCACCAUAUAAUUAACCGCGAUGUGAUGAACGCGCUUGGUCCUAAGGGCGUUCUAAUCAAUGUUGGGCGAGGGAAGCAUGUUGAUGAGGCUGAGCUGGUUUCUGCGCUGCUGGAAGGUCGCUUGGGUGGGGCCGGCUUGGAUGUGUUCCACGAUGAACCUGAUGUGCCUCCAGAGCUGUUUGAGUUGGACAAUGUUGUGCUCUUGCCUCAUAUUGGAAGCGCCACCGUCGAAACUCGCACUGCUAUGGCGGAUCUUGUCCUUGCAAACUUGGAAGCUCACUUUCUCGCAAAACCACUUGCCACUCCAGUCCUGUGGGGACUAAGCCUCUCUCUCUCUCUCUCGACGAUGGAAGUAGCUAGAAUGGAAUCCAUGGGAGUGGUGAUGACGAACCAAAUGCACCCCUACCUGGAAGAGCAACUGGCAAAACGCUUCAACCUCUUCAGGCUCUGGAACUACCCCUCCCUCGCCGCCUUCUCCAAAGCACACUCCAAUUCCAUUCGCGCACUCGUCGGCAACACCAAAUUGGGUGCUGACGCCACCAUGAUCGACUCCCUCCCCAAGCUCGAGAUUGUCUGCACUUACAGUGUUGGACUGGACAAGAUUGACCUCCCCAGAUGCAAGCAGAGAGGCAUCCGCGUCGCCAACACCCCCGACGUCCUCACCGACGACGUCGCCGACCUCGCCAUUGCCCUUGCCUUAUCCGUCUCCCGGAGAAUCUGCGCUUGUGAUUCCUUCGUCCGAAACCACUCCUGGUCAAAAUCAGACUUUUAUUUGACUUCAAAGUUUAGUGGUAAAGCAGUUGGAAUUGUUGGCCUGGGGAGGAUUGGUUCUGCAAUAGCUAAAAGAGCCGCAGCUUUUGGGUGCCCAGUUAGUUAUCACUCCAGGUCCGAAAAACCAGACACAGGGUAUAAGUUCUACUCUAACAUCCUUGAUUUAGCAGCUAACUCUCAAAUACUCAUUGUAGCGUGUGCCCUCACUCAAGAAACUCAUCACAUCGUGAAUCGUAAAGUUAUUGAUGCAUUGGGACCAAAAGGAAUUCUAAUCAACAUUGGGAGAGGCCAACACGUCGAUGAAGCUGAACUUGUGUCUGCCUUGACGGAAGGAAGACUUGCUGGGGCUGGUCUUGAUGUGUAUGAGAAUGAGCCACAUGUGCCUGAGGAGCUCUUGAGGCUUGACAAUGUCGUCCUCGUCCCUCACAUUGGAAGCGACACUGUCGAAACUUGCGAUGCCAUGGCAGACCUUGUCAUUGCUAACUUAGAGGCACACUUCCAGAAUAAGCCACUAUUGACUCCAGUAACUUGAUCACUAGCUUAUGGUUUCAUUUAGCAUCAGUUUAGUUUUGUCCUUGUAUUUCAUUCUUUGUUGCAAUAAAGAAGUUGCAUGAUUUGGGGUACUUUGUGAACUUGAACUUGAAGGAUACUUCCCUAUGACUUCUUCCGCAGCGAAAAUUCUUGGAGGGUACUCUCAGUAGUAGCGACUAGCGAGUCAGAAACGCGCAAUACUAAGAUGUACAUUUUGCUUUGAGUCACAUCCUCACAGGUUGUUAGAAACGCGAAAUUAGAUUAUGUGUUAUGGAAGGGAUAGCUUGUACUUCCUAGUUCCUACUAUGAUUGUUAAGUUUGA